UUCAGAUGUUGCGCUUCAAUUCAGCAUCUUGCAAAAGACUGUACAAAAACAAUAAAAUGCACAGAGUGCAACAGUGACAAACACCUGUCAGCACUGCACCCAGGACCACCACCAUGUAAACAAGAAGUUCCAGCAACUCAAGAAGAUCAUGGUGGGGAGCAAGGCGACCUCAAAGUGUACUGAGAUCUGUACAGAGCAGGGCCGCCCCAGAUCAUGUUCCAAGAUAUGCUUAGUCAAGGUGUAUCCUGCAGGCUUCAGAGAAAAAGCAAUCAAGAUGUACACAGUCUUGGAUGAACAGAGUAACAGAUCUCUGGCAAAAACAGAGUUCUUUGACCUCUUCGGUGACAAAGGAAGUCCAACUCCAUACACCCUGAAGACUUGUUCUGGAGUUGUAGAGACAACAGGGAGAAGAGCAAACAACUACAUCAUUGAGUCAUUAGAUGGAAAGACAAAGGUGACUCUUCCUACCCUCAUAGAAUGUGAUGAGAUACCAGACGACAGGUCAGAGAUCCCCACACCUGAAGUUGCUCGUCAUCACCCCCAUCUGGUGCGAAUAGCAGACCAGAUACCAGCACUAGAUCCAGAUGCUGCAAUCAUCCUUCUACUUGGGAGAGAUAUCCUCAAAGUGCACAAAGUCAGAGAACAGUACAAUGGGCCACACAAUGCACCAUUUGCACAACGCCUUGAUCUCGGAUGGGUCAUCGUUGGAGAAGUAUGUCUAGACGGACUCCACAAACCAGAAAAGGUAAAUGUCUACAGAACACAUCUGUUACAGAAUGGUCGUACAUCUUGUCUUUGCCCAUGUACCAACAGUCUACACAUUAAAGAGAGACUUGUAAACCCAACACAUCAUCCGAGUAUCCAGAGGUGCAUGGAAGACUUAGCCUCAACUGGAGAUACAGAUGAACUGGGCUGUAAGGUGUUUGAAAGAACACGAGAUGACGACAAGCUAGCACCCUCGGUGGAAGAUACUCUCUUCCUUGAGAUCAUGGACAGAGAAGUCUUCAGAGACAAAUCAGGCAGCUGGGUAGCCCCUCUACCCUUCCGGUCACCACGCCAUCGCCUUCCUGACAACAAGGUACAAGCAGAGAAACGCUUCACCUCGUUGCAGCACAUGCUACAAAGAAAGCCAAAUAUGAAGAAACACUUCCAAGCCUUCAUGCAGAAGAUCUUUGAUAACGAUCAAGCUGAAAGGGCACCACCACUACAAGAGAACCAAGAACACUGGUACUUACCAAUAUUUGGGGUGUACCAUCCUCAGAAACCAGGCCAGAUACGCGUAGUAUUUGACUCUAGUGCGAAGCACAAAGGCAUCUCACUAAAUGAUGUCCUUCUCAGUGGACCUGACCUGAACAACACACUCCUUGGAGUACUCAUCAGGUUCAGAAAAGAACUCAUAGCAGUGACAGCAGACGUACAACAGAUGUUCUACUGUUUCCUUGUUCGUGAAGAUCACAGAGACUACUUAAGGUUCCUGUGGUAUGCAGACAAUGAAUUUAACAAAGAAAUCACAGAGUACAGGAUGAAGGUACAUGUGUUUGGAAACAGCCCUUCUCCAGCUGUAGCUAUCUACAACCUGAGACGAGCAGCACAGCAAGGUGAAAGACAUGGUCAAGAAGCCACACAGUUCGUCAUGAAGAACUUCUACGUAGAUGAUAGACUUGCUUCUUUCUCCAGCAACGAAGAAGCUAUCAACGUCCUGAAAAGUACAAGAGAAAUGUUGGCAGAAUCCAACAUAAGACUGAACAAGGUAGCUUCCAACAGCAACAGAGUCAUGGAAGCAUUUCCAAUGGAAGACCGUGCUAAAGACCUCAAAGACUUGGAUCUAGGAACAGAAUUACCACCCUUGCAAAGAAGUCUUGGGAUUAGUUGGGACCUGAAGACUGACAGUUUCACCUUCAGGGUCUCCAGAGAAGAGAAGCCAUUCACAAAAAGAGGUGUCCUAUCUACAGUCAACAGUCUUUACGACCCCCUGGGGUUCGUAGCACCCAUCAUCAUGCAAGUUUUACCGCGUGUGUUCAUUAUAUCUCAGUAAAGAUUACAUCAGUUAAGCAAACCAGCGUGU